AUGAUGAUGAUGAAGAGAGGAGACAUAGUGUGGGUCAGACUCCACGUGGCUCACAAAUGGCUUCCCGCAUUCGUUCUCUCUUCAGACAACCUCGGCGUCAAUGUCACCUUCUCCUUCCCCCCAAACGACGCCGUUUCCCCCUCCUACUUCCUCCACUCCCAGCUUCUCCCCUUCGAGGACGCUUUCCCCUCUGUCGCUUCGCGCCACCACCUCGUUGAUAUGCCGCUGCUUCACUCCGCGCUCCGCUUCUUGGGCCAGACGCUCGUUUCCGGGCUGCGCUGUCGCUGUCUGACUGACCGGGCCCAACGGCCUUUUAACGGGCUGGGCUCUUCUUCCGGGUUUGACCCGGCUGGGGUUUUGGGCUUUGUUUUGGACGCUGCCGUUUCGCCGUGGGUCGAAGUCCCCUGUUUUGCCCGUGCUGUUAGAGUCGUUGCUCAGGUUCACGCUUUUCGGAGCUAUUCUUCUAUCAAGCACAAGAAAUUGUACCAACAAACUAAAAUCGCAGGUGAUAAGGUGAAGCUGAUUUCAAGUUCAAUUUUGGGUCAGAAGAAGCAUUUAGUUACUCAAGAAUCUAUUUUUUUGGAACCCGUUGAAAAAUGUCAGAUCAUAUCCAUAAACGAAGAGUCAAACAAAGCUAUUGGUGCUGUAAAGAGAUUGAACUUAAUGGUUCCAGUUUGGGAAGGAAAUUCUGCACACUUGUUUAAGAAUAAACAACUGAUUAUUUCAGAGAGUUUUAUGGACUGUCCAUCUUUAGAUCCACUUUACAUGGUGCUAGAAAGCUUAAAAUCUUCAAGGCAGAGCCUUCUGGGAUUCAAAAACAUAUCAGACCUGGGCUUAGUUGAUUUUUGCUUUGUAAACUUUUCUACUAUGAGUAAAACUCACAUCUUAGUUCCUUCCGAUUUAAUGAUUCAUUUGAGAAACUAUAUUGAUCAAAGAGAAGACAAUGUCGUGGAGCUUUGCUGGAGAUUGCCUGACAAAGAAACCAUUGACCUUAACAGGAAAAGAAGGCGACUAGAUAAAUCAGCUUCAUAUCUUCAAAUUAGUGGAGUUGAAGAAAGUGAAAGGGAUGCAUAUAUUCCGAAACGUACCAGACCUAGGAUCUCACACAUUAAGAUGCUUGAACCAGAAGGAAGUAUCCAGAAAGAUAAUCAGGCCUCAACAUACGUUUGUGAAACUAGUAUGAACUUCACUGACAAGGUUCAGAAAGUGUAUUCGAAAAGAAGUCAAAACUGUGAAUCGUUGUCUAACUCAGUGUUUGUCUUCCAUUCUGAUAAGGUUGAUGCUAGUGCAGCAAAAAUUGAAGGUAUGUUAGGAUCUGACUCAUCUGUUUACCAAGAAAGUCUGCAAAUGAUUUGCAGUAGUGUUGCAACAACUCCCAGGUCAAAGAAGUCUACAAGAACGGAAUUAUUAUCAGAGGGUUGUUUGGUGGAGCGUAAGGAUCGCAUUCAAGGUGUUGCUUCUUGUUCGAUAUUCAAUUCAAAAGUUGAACAGUUAUCAGGAACGCAUGUCCCCGCUUCUAAAUCUCUUUACAUGAAGUUCCCGAAGAAUUUCUACCUUCCGUCCAAUGAAAAGCUAGUAAAGAAGUUUAGUGUAUUUGGCUCAGUAGAUUCCUCCAGAACAAGAGUGUUUUGCUACGCUGGCUCGGCUCAGGUGGUUUUUCUACAAGAAGCUGAUGCAGUUGUUGCAUAUAAGUAUGCCAAAAGGAAGGCACUGUUUGGUAAGGCUCCAGUCCACUUUUGGCUUGACCCUUCUGAGCAUAAAAGAAGAGGAUUCAGGUGUUCUCCUCACGUGCCCCCAUCAGCUAGUAAACCAACAGGACCACCACUGAAAUCAUGUCUGAAAAAUUCCAAUACCUCGACAAAGGAACACAGAAAGAAAAAACGCAGAGUAAGAUUCACAAUUGAAACUUAG